UUCUCAUGUAUUUUGCAACCUUUUAUUUUUUCUGUAACCAGAUCAGAUGUUGAUUUACUUUGCAAAAAAAUGUCCAUCAAGGUUUUCAUAUUUUCUCGAAAUGUUUUCUUCAGAAUAACUAGACCGAACCUAUUUCAAUUGUGGAAAAUUAAUGGCCACAGAACAAUACAAACACAAUCAGUGGAAAAAUUGAAUGGCAAUCAAAAAUUGAUCAACAAAUUAAUCUACAAAGAACCUUCAUUUUAUCGAUAUUUCAACCAAUUUCUUGUGGAAAAUAAUCUCAUUAAACAUGUCUCGGAAGAGCUCAAAUUUCAUUAUAAACAAACAUUUGAUGAAUUUCUUGAAGUUGAUGAAAUUAUGGCCGAACAAAAUCCCACUGACGAUGAAUUUAUUGCUUUAGCUAAAAGCGAAUCUUUGUCGUUGAUUGAACGACUCAUCCAACUUCAAGAUCAGAUUCUGGAUCAAGCUUGUCAUGAUGAUCGCAAUAUAAAUGAAUGUUCAUUAGAAAUACGUGCCGGUGUUGGAGGAAAAGAGGCGAGUUUAUUUGCAAAAGAAUUAUACAAUUUAUAUGUCAAAUUCAUCACAUUCAAUGGUUGGCAAUUGCGAAUGGAUGAAAAAGAUCUUGAGCAAUUUGAAAUUGACGAUAAUAGCUCAUUGUUUACACAGACGAUCGAAAUACUUGGCAAUGGGUGUUAUCCUUUAUUAAGACAUGAAGCCGGUGUACAUCGUGUACAACGAGUUCCACGAACAGAAAAAUAUGGCCGAAUGCAUACAUCAACCGUAUCGAUAUCCGUCAUACCUGUUCGUUAUAAUUUAGUCACCGUAAAAGAAUCGGACCUGAAAAUUGAGGUGAAAAAUUCAUCCGGACCUGGCGGUCAAAAUGUUAAUCGUAAUCUAACAUGUGUUCGAGUUACUCACAUACCAACGGGACAUACGAUCGAAUCACAAGAAACAAGAUUUCAAUAUCUGAACAAAGAAAUUGCAAUACGUAAGAUGAAAUCAUUAUUGAAUCAAAUCGAAUAUGAACGCUUAGAACGAGAAGCACGGCAACAAAAACGUUCACAGAUUGGAAUUGCAGCACGUAGUGAUAAAAUACGAACAUAUAAUUUUCCACAGAAUCGUAUCACUGAUCAUCGUUUAUCCGGUGAUUAUAAUAUUCAUAAUAUUGAUGGUUACAUGAAUGGAGAUGAAUGUGAUAAAAUGCGACAAAUUGUGGAUAAAUUAGAGCUGUUACGUCACCUGGAAUUACAGCGACAAUUACGUGAUAUGUUGGAAAAGAAUUUCGCCAAGUCAUCAUAGACCAGAUUGUAAAUACAAAAUAAUCAUAUCGUAUAAUUAAUUAAAAAUUUUAUGCAAUAAA